AUGGAUGCUUUGCAGACCGAGUAUCCCAGUGCACACCAGUGGCUUUCUGGAGUAGCUCCCAAAGAAAAGUGGGUCAAGGCAUUUUUCUCUCCACACACCUGCUGUGAUGUGAUCCUGAACAACAUCUGUGAGACAUUCAAUUCGAAGAUUGCAUUGGCUCAAGAGAAAGCAAUUAUCAGCAUGUUGGAGGACAUUCGAACAAGUCAAAUGGAAAGAAUUCAGAUCAGAGGCCAGUGGAUCAAAAGCUACGAUCACGCAGUCCCUCCUGUUAUCAAGGAGCUUGUUGAUAAGUGGUACGCGAGGGCUUCAUCGUGGAGGGCUACAUGGAACGGACAGUCUUCGUACCAAGUGUCUGGGCCGUCUGGCCAAUAUGUUGUCAACAUGCGCGAUUUGACUUGUUCCUGCAGAUUGUGGCAGCUAACCGGAAUCCCAUGCACGCAUGCUAUCGCAACAAUCAACAAGAAUGGCGACGAUGUGACGCGAUUCGUUUCCCGAUAUUAUUUGAAGUCAACAAUGAUCAUGUUGUACGAGAAUGUCCUCUACCCCAUCAAUGAGGUAGCCAGUUGGCCGAAGAGUACUGCGGAUGGUUCAGUGGAAUUGGCGCCCCCGAGGUCAAAGCGACAGCGUGGUAGGCCUGAGACGUGA